AUGGCCAGGCCACUGUCUCCUUCGAAUAAGCAACUUCGCGGGCCGCGUUCUCGCCUGGAUCCGUCACCACUGUCCCCCAAGCCCGCCGAAAAAGUCGCAAGCCAAGAUUGCGUUUUGAAUCCGCCCUCUGGUGGGUCGCACAAGCCGUCGCCAACUAAAGCACCUCGUACCUCGAAGGCAUCGCUUUCUUCGGGAAGAGAUCUAGGAACGAAGACCCCUUACAACACAUAUUUGCAUGCUCCUCCCACGUCACCCAUGCCGCAUUCGGCCCUAUUCACCACGUUCCCCAGCGUCAACCCGGCGAAACAGUUCUCUAGAGACCAGCAGCCGGGGGACGAACCCCCGAGCGACAACUUUGCCGAUUUCCCUGAACCCUUCGCGUCCAGGUCGUCCCUGAAGAGGUCCUUGAUGGAGGCGGCGCCACUCAAAGAACGACCAACCAAGAAGCCGAAGCGCGAGGAUCUUAGCUUAGUCCCUCUCCCGGAGCCACACGAGAUGCCGCCAAUAGAGGACGAUGGCACCAAACCCCCGUACAGCUAUGCAACCUUGAUUGGCAUGUCGAUCCUGCGUGCAACCAAUAGACGCUUGACCCUGGCGCAAAUAUACAAAUGGAUCUCGGAUACAUUCUCGUACUAUAAAAACAGCGACCCGGGCUGGCAAAAUAGCAUUCGUCACAAUCUCAGCCUGAACAAAGCAUUCGUCAAACAGGAGCGCCCAAAAGACGACCCGGGUAAAGGCAAUUACUGGAUCAUCGAGCCCGGGAUGGAAGCACAGUUUCUGAAGGACAGACCUUUGCGCCGGGCAACCAUGUCCAGCCUUCCCCUUCCCGCGGCUCCCCAAAAAGAGACAGCAGCCCCGCCAAACUCCAGUACCACCACCUGGGCUGUCGCACCGUCCACCAACCCCUCGGCGCUGACGUCGAUGAAAAACGUGGACCUGUCUUCGGAUGCGACUCUGCCUGCCUCCGACCCUGCUCUCCAGGAGGAUGUAGGUGACGAGGGCGUCAAUGUCACGGUGGCGCAGCAACCCCUUCCACCGCGCUCUUCCCCACCGCAGCCAAUCCACUCUUCACCCCCGGUCGUGCCGCCCCGAUUCGUUCGCCAGGGAACUCCGCCUACCCCCUCCCAGACUGUCGCCUCCGGGGUCGUCCCCCGCGGCAAGAGUCGAAAGUCGACUGCGAUGAAUGAUAGUGGGUAUUUCUCGUCAUUGGAAUCUUCGGCGAUGCGGCCCAACAAGACAGGGCAUAUAUUGACCUCGGAUUUGGAUAUCGAGCCGCCGCGCAUCAAGCGUGGUCGAGCUGAGGAGGAGAUUGCACGCAUCCGAAGUUCUUCCCAUGAUAUCAGCCCCAGUCAUUCCGGAGUCCUCCGGGACGCUGGUCUGAUCGUUGGAUCCUCUCCUCUCCGCGGUGAAUAUGUUAGUAUGCUACCGCCGCCCAUAACGCCCGUGAUCAAGUUCAAAAAGCCCUUGAAGCCACCACCGUCUGUGUCACCCAACACCAAUCUGAGGAACCAUCGCAAAAGGAUCCAGCAGAUGGUCAACUCGCCAAUCAAACAUCUGGGACUGACCGACGAGGAUCUCCCGUGGAGCCCAGCGUUCAAUAUCCAGGAUGAAGCAUGCACGCCCAAUGACAAUCUUCAUACGAACUUCGACGUUUUCGCAGAUACUGCUGUCGAGAACAUUUCCACCUCAGCAUAUGGCUCGCCCGAAAAACGCUCUGCCAAGCGUAAUCGAACUGAUGCGGGUGCAGCCCACAACAGCGCCCUCACGGACAUCACCGCCGUGGGUGCCAACAAUAGAACAAGCCUACAUCCCCUAUCCUCUCAAAAAGCAAAGGGAUUGCUAUUCCCCGAAUCUCCGUCCAAAGUGCCCGACAAUGCGCGCUUCAUUGACGCCACUCAUGACGACUUCUUUUCAUUCCAUCUCUUUGACGAAAGCCCCGGCGAGGUCGAUGGUGUUGACCUCUUGCAGGGGUUCCAAAAGAUCGGAGGCGCCAGCAAAGAUGGUCUGUCUCGAUCAAAACCGCACGCUGCCAGACCACAGCUCAAUCAUCGAAGCAAUACAUCCUUGUUUUGA